AGGAGAUGACCGACCGAGACACAGCUGGGCGAUCGACCUUGCACCAUCGACCCUAUCUACCUCUGUUCGUCUAAACACAUCCAUAGCUUAUCGCUACUCUGAAUCACAUAGCUCCAAGAUACUACUAAAAAAGUCAUAGCUCCGGAUCAUGUCGCACGCACACCCUCACCCGCACCCGCAACCACCUGCCGGAAUGACAGCUCGUCCACCACCCCAAAUGAUGGCCCAAGCUCAAAUGCCACCCCACACGGCAGCCAUCCUCGACGCUCUCCCCUUCACUCCGAUCCCCUUCGUCCUCAAAGACCUUCCACCUCGACCUAAUGCACCUCCUCCACUCCCGGCUUUGCUCUGUCCGGAACACGAACAGCUGGUCUGUGACAAGUGUAACGUGGAUUUCAGGGAUAUCAACCAGUUGAGCUUUUUCAUGAGCUUGCUCAACCCGAGUCAUCCGCCUCCUCCACCGAAUGUGCCGUUUGCCAAGCAAGGAGAGGCCGUGUUGAAGACGAGAGAGGAAGGCAACAAACGGUUCAAGGACGGCAACCACCGAGAAGCCGGUGCCCUCUACUCCCGCUCGGUCGGUCUCUCUAUGGGCAAACCGGCCUGGGAACAGGCCAAGUCGUCUCAAGACGAGAUCACCGCGGCGUUGAUGAACCGGAGCGCCUCGGCUGCGGCUCUGGGAGAGUGGCCGGCCGCAUAUGCAGAUGCCGACGCUUGCAUCAAGUUAUCACCAAAGAACGCCAAAGGAUACUUCAGAAAAGCGAAAGCUUUGGAUGGGAUGAGCCGGUUCGAAGAAGCAUUCCACACCAUGCAGAGGGGCGUCAAGGUGGAACCCGAUAACGUCGACUACAAGAACUACGCCGAAGAGCUUAGGAAGAAGAGCGGGAUCACGAUCUCGCAGCCCGCCGUCGAAGCCGAGUCGACGACCGAUGUGGAUGCCAAAAAGCCUACCGAGACUGCGACGGAGACACAGGCGGAAGAGAGUGCGGUGGACAACGCAUGAUCGUGCAGUGGAUAGAAGGUACCUGAUCAAGAGAGUGUACGUUGUAGCAUAUUUUACGCGGGUUUUGACGAUGCAUCCUAGUAUACCUAUCACGUGGGGCCGGC